AUGGCCGCCACAGAAAAGGACCCCGAGCAAUUGCUGCUGGCGAGUAAGCUGAACAAUGUCCCGCGCUGCGAACACUACGACGCCUUCGUCCCCGAUCUCGCCAACGCGCGCUUCCGGGCCCGCGUCUGGUGUCACAAAUAUAACAAUGAAUUUCCAGCCCUCGGGCCCGAUGCCGACUACGACGCGCUAUCGAAGCACCGUAUGACACAACUGCGCGACAUCCUAGGUGCGGUCGAGGGGAACGAGGUCAUCAUCGAACCGCCAUUCUUGGUCGAUUAUGGCUGCAACAUCCGGGUCGGCGACCGCUUCUACGCCAACUUCAACUUGACCAUCUUGGACUGUGGGCUCGUCACCAUCGGGGAUCGCGUCAUGUUUGGCCCGAACGUGUCCAUCUUCGCCGCCACGCACGAGACAGAGGUGCAGAGUCGCCGAGAUAACGUCGAGUUUGCCAAGCCAGUCACCAUCGGCGACGAUUGCUGGAUCGGUGGCCGCGUCAUCAUCUUGCCGGGCGUCACUAUCGGUCAAGGCUGUACCAUCGGCGCCGGCGCCGUGGUGACCAGAGAUGUUCCAGCCUGGAGUGUCGCCAUGGGCUCGCCGGCGCGAGUGGUGAAGACGGUGACGAAGCUGAACUAG